GAAUUGUAUCAUAUUUUGUUGUUGUAAAUCUUGUUGAAUCAUUCAUUACCACAUACUUAUUUUAAUUAGCUAUUGUGUCGCGACUCGCGACGCCUUCUCUUCAUUUUGUUAGUGUAUAUUCAGCGAUGUUAGCGUCUUGAUUUACCGUCAUGCAGCAGUUUAAAUGUUUAUUAGCGAUUAUCUCGUGUUUACUAGUUGUUUGUUUUGGAGAAGUUAGCAUUGAAAACAAAGAUAAAUUUCUAAAUGGAUUCGUCGAAUAUUUAAACAAUUUACCUGAUCAAAUUUACACGUACGAUGAAGGUGUACUUCUUAAUGCGCAGAAAACGGAUGAGGGCAGUGGAUGUUAUUAUAUUGAAGCCAGACUAAGGGUAAACAGCAUCCACAACUUAGACUCUUUCAAAUACCAGAAAUGUUUUGCUACAAUCCAAGAUCUAGAUGAAAAUAGCAUAACAAUACGAGAAAAUCAGUACCAGUGUGAGGAUGUUGAUCAGGUUACACAAACAAGUAUUAGCAGUGAUGAUACCUUAGAGGAUGUAGUCAUAGAUGAACAGACAACAAGAGCUACAGUUCAUGAACCUAUACAUUUGGACAAUGAAGUGCAACCAAAUUCUGGAGUUACCUCUGGUGAGGAAUUCAUUGCAGUACCGAGGAAAAAAUAUAGUGGCACUUGUAUAGGCUGCUCGAGCCAUGUUAAUCCUCAAGCACCAGGAGUCAGCAAUUUGGCUGAACUUGCUAUCAAGCAUUUAGAUAGACAUGAACCAACUAUUAAGCACUCAUUGCAGUCUGUGCUUGAUGUGGAAAGACAAGUGCAGGUAGUUAAUGGCGUACGAUAUACCUUAACACUUCAAAUAGGUUUUAAUAACUGCACGUCAACCACAUUUGAUACCUGUUAUGUUAUUCAAGUAUGCAAGGUGUCUAUAUUAGAAAAGACUUGGAUAAAGCUACCUGAUGGUUCAAAAUAUAGAGCUAUUUUAUCCAACAAUUGCACUCAGGAAUGGAUAUUUGGUGAUGAGGGUGAAUACAUUCCAAACAAUGUAGCACACAAGGAAAGUAAUGACAUUGAUAUCAAUCCACUAACAAAUGUACCUGACAAGGUAGAUAACACUCCUAAACCCUAUCCUGACUAUGACAACAUUGCUAACACUGGAUCUGUAGAUGAAAUGCUCAAAGCUGUACAUAAUACUGAUACACAAGCGCAAAAACAAACUGAUCAAUCUAUUACUGAAAAGGAACUAAAAGAAUUAGAGGAACAGAUAAUUCCCCAUGAUAAAAUUUAUGAAGCUUCUUUAACUUAUCAAAAUUUAAGAAAAAGUAUGGAAACGCCAAAUGUCAGAAUGCAUCAAAUUUCGGAAUUUCAAAGAGGAAAACCGAGUACAGAUCGAUCUUUUCAGUUUGAAAAACCUAAAUACGAAAAAAGAAGUAGUUUGAUAAGUGAAGAUAGGAAAAAAGCAAUUGAUGAUUUGAUAAAUUUUUUCAACUCUGCUGGGAUUGAUAGCGUUCAUGAACACUUUUCUAGGGUAAAAAGAAGUUACGAACAUCAAUUAAAAGCGAAAAAACACAACUUAGUUACCUUUACCGGACCUUAUAUGGAACCAAAUCAAAAGAAUAUAGAAUAUGUAGUCGACAGUAAAAAUAUGCUGGAAAAUAGCAAAGUAGACAUAGAUGCUGUUUAUUUCAGUCCUUAUAUAAAUAAUAAUAGCCACAGGAAAAAAAGAGCAUUAAGUGGGAAAAAAGUAAAACAGGACCCAAAUUUGCCAAAAUUUAAAUUGUUAGCACAGGAAUCGUUGCGAAAGUACCAGAAAAGACAAAAUAUUAAUGAAUCAUUACAUCAUGACGUUACUAAAGUAGAAAAAGUUGAUAAACAGUUAGUUUCAGGAACAAAGUAUAGCAUAGAUUUUAUAGCUAAACCACUUCAAUGUAUACAAAAUGAGCAAAAAAAAAUCGUAUGUAAUCAUAGUGAAAAUGAUACUUUAUACUGUCAUACAUCUAUUUGGAAGCGUCCUUGGAAAGGUCGAAAUAAAAUUGAAGUAAAUUGUAAUAGAUAUUAUGAUUUAAAUGUGGAAAAUCAUGACGAUUACAGAAAGAAACGUAACGCAUUAGGGCAAAACGAUGUUGCUAAUGAUAAUUAUAUAUCACUAGCUAAACAAACGUUAGCGAUGUAUCAACGAUUAUCUAAUGCCAAAUAUAUAUAUAAAAUUAUUAAAAUACACCAUGUUAGUCAACAGGAUAUAGCAGGUACUUUGACAACGCUUGAGUUCUCAAUAUCCCCGACAAAAUGUUUAGUUGAAAGUAGCACACUUUCUUUGCAUGAGUGCAAUUUGCUACCACAAACAACUGUAUUACGCUGCCAAGCGGAAGUAUUGAAUCGCCCAUGGAUCGCCCAAUCUGACAAGGAUAUUAACAUUGAUUGUAAAGAACAAUUUACUGAUGAAACCAAAAGCGGUGAACAUAAUGAAAUUGUUAAAGAUGCGUUUGAAGAGGAUGUAAAAAACUACUAUGCUAAUCGUGCAGUAAAACAUAUCAACGAUAAGGCCGAUACAAAUAAUAUACAAAAGCUGAUUACCAUUCAUACUAUUCAAAACGUUAUAAAUAUGGGCGUAAAUACUGUCCGAAUGUAUAUAGAAACGGCGUACACAUACUGCAUACGUCAUCAGGAUCAAGUAGAGCUGGCACAUUGUGUUGAAUUAUCUGGGAUGCACCAUAGACUCUGUUAUGUUCGCUUAUGGCCUUCACCUGAUGAUGAGUUAGUAAUUGAAAGCAUGGCAGUAGUAUGUGAUGAUGAACCUGAUUUUAAAAGUAUAACUGGCAUAUCAGUUGUAGAUCUUAUAAAAGCUUCGUUAAAAGAUAUAGAAGCAUCCCCAAAGACGAAGUAUAAAUUAGUGCACCAGGGAGAACUUAAUAUUAUCCCCAGUCUUGAUUCUCGGAUACCUAUCGUAUUGAGUUUUAUAGUUGUAUCCACAAAUUGUUCGAAAUACGUAGAUAUUGACAAAAAUCCUUUGUCAUGUUAUGUCGAUACAUCUAAACCUCUAAGGUCGUGUACUUCUUCUAUAUGGUUGGGGCCAGACAGUAAAAAAAUCAAGAAAAUUACUUCAACUUGUGGUCAACCUUCUAGGCAAUAUCGUAGUAAACGGUCGCUUUCUUUAGAGUCGACAAAUAAUAUAACAGCUGAUGAAAAAACAAUACAAAACUUCGUUAAAGAAUCGUUAGAAAAACUAGAAAUGUCUUCAUUACACAAGUAUAAACAACGAGUUUUACAGAUAAACAGCUAUGACACAACAAUAGUUAAGGGUAGAUUGACAACUAUAGAUUUUGACGUCGGAUAUACGACUUGUUUAAAAUACGAAUGGGUCGAUAAUAUCACGCAAUGUGAAUUUAUAGAUCAUCUGCCUAGAAGACAUUGCAUAUCCCAGAUUCAGGAGCGAUUGUGGUUAGAUAAUAGAAAGAAAAUAGACGUUAAUUGUAAAGAUGACGAUACCCCAUUAGAAGCGACGAUCGAAUUUGAAAGCGCAGAAAAUUCUAUGCAACUGGCAACAGAGGCGUUGAAACAUAUCGAGGCAAAAUAUCCUCAUCCAAGAAAACAGAAAGUAGUUCGAAUAUUCUCUUUAGAUAAACAGGAAAUAGCCGGUGUACACUAUAGAAUGAAGUUGGAAGUAGGUUAUACUGAUUGUCUAGCAUUGAGUGUUAAAGACGAUUGUAAGUUGAUCAACGAUGUAGCUUUAAACAAAUUCUGUAGAGCUAACAUUUGGGUACGUCCUUGGACUGAACAUCCGCCUACUUACCGCGUUUCUUGUGAUUAUCAAGACGGUAUAACAAAUGAAAUAUAUCAUAAAAUACAAACUGAGCACUUAUUUUCCGAUUUCUUGGCGACAUAUAAACCGGAUUAUAUUAACGAUCACUUGGAAAUGCUAAAAAGGUAUGAAAUAUUCCAAGAUAAUGUUAGAAAAAUACAUGAAUUUAAUACUCACGAGCGAGGAACUGCUAGAUACGCGGUGACAAGAUUUAGUGAUUUAACUUAUGAGGAGUUUGGACAGAAAUACUUGGGAUUAAAGCCAAAUCUUCGCGAUAGUAAUCAAAUCCCUAUGAGGAAGGCUGAUAUACCACAAGUGCAUUUGCCUAACGGGUUCGACUGGAGGCAUUACAAUGCUGUUACAGAGGUGAAGAACCAAGGAUCUUGUGGAAGCUGUUGGGCUUUUAGCGUCACAGGCAACAUAGAGGGUCAAUGGAAGAUGCAGUCUGGCAACCUUGUGUCUCUAUCAGAACAAGAGUUGGUGGACUGCGAUAAACUUGACGAGGGCUGCAACGGUGGUUUGCCGGACAAUGCAUAUAGAGCCAUUGAGCAGCUAGGGGGUUUGGAGACUGAGAAUGACUAUCCGUACGAGGGAGAAAAUGACAAGUGCGCCUACAAUAAGACCCUCUCCAGAGUUCAAAUCAGUGGCGCAGUCAACAUCUCCUCCAACGAGACAGAUAUGGCCAAGUGGCUGGUGAAAAAUGGACCUAUAUCUAUCGGUAUAAAUGCUAACGCAAUGCAGUUCUAUGUUGGCGGUGUAUCGCAUCCAUGGAGAUUGCUCUGCAGUCCGAAAAAUCUUGAUCAUGGAGUUCUCAUUGUUGGCUACGGCGUGAAAGACUACCCUCUUUUCCACAAGCGGCUUCCAUAUUGGAUAAUCAAGAAUUCGUGGGGCUCUGGCUGGGGAGAGCAAGGCUACUAUCGCGUGUACCGAGGAGACGGCACGUGUGGGGUCAACCAGAUGGCAAGCAGUGCAGUUAUAUAGUUAGAGAUUAGCGAGACCAGCGGAAUGAUUACGUAUCUGUUUUGUUUAUUUAUUGUGUGGAAAAGUGACGUUUGACAGCGGUGAUUGCAACAUUUACGCCUUUCGCAAGACCGUCGCGAGAUACGUAAUCACCCAGCCGGUCCAAUGAUGUACGUAUAUACAGUCGCAAAAUUACGUGAUUGGAUAUUUGGAUGCAUAUCUCCGUUAAGUUUUAUGCUAAGAAAAUAUGGAAGCGGCAUCUUAUAUAUUUUUUAAAUUAAAUCUCUGUAUGCUGACAAAUCUCAGAAUGCGUGCUACGGGAUGUACUUUCUAAAAUUAUUUCUACAUGAGAGAAUAAAAUUUAGCUAAGUAAAUAUAACGAUCAUACCCCUUAUGAUUUUUAAUAAAAUUAUUAAUUUAAAAGGAGUCGCUUUUAUACUAACACAGCAUUGAACUAGCUGUUUAACUUUUGAUAUAAGUAUAUAUUCGCAAUUUUAAGCAAUUAAAAUAUAACGAAGUAAAACAUCGUGAGGAAACCGGCAUGCCUGAGAGUUCUCCAUAAUGUUUUCAAAGGCGUGUGAAGCCCACCAAUGGGAACAGGGCUAGGUGGUGCCGUCUAAACCCUUCUUACUGUGGGAGCAGACUUGUAAUGGGCCGUUAAUGGGUUGUUAAGAUGAUGAGAAGAUAUACAUCCGAAUAUCCGAUCCCUAGUGAUAAAAUAUGCCACAAAUUUUUGGCAUGGCACGGAACAACGACAACGAUAUUAUUAUAAUUUAUGAUAAUUUCUAGAAAUUUUUAACGUAAACCUAAAAUAUACACACAUACCCUUAUCAUAUUUUAGUUCAAAUGUUAGAUGUAAAAAAAUGCUGAUAAUACGUUAACCUUAAUAAUCGCCCGUGGACUUUAAACAAUAAUAAUUCAAGGUUGUUGCCGUCUUAAUUCGUUUAACGCCAAAUUUAGUUCAUGUAAGCUAAAUCCUCGAUAUAAGGUAUUGAGGAUUUAGCUUAUAAGGUUAAGCCUCUCUUCCCUCUAAAGUAAUAUAGCCCUCAAUAUAAGGUUACCCCAAAUGCAAAACCCAGUUUUUGAAAACAUUUCUCGUAUAAGUAAAAGUAAAUUAGUAAAUUAUGAACUGUUUGGGAUUUCUUUAACGCCAAAAACAUAUUUAUUUGGGGAAACCGAAUUGAAUACGUAGUGAAUAAAAUAAAAGUAACCUAACCUAACACUUUAUUCUUAUGAUUUCUUAUCUCACUUUAAUAAUAAUUUUCAUAGUUUAAUAGAUAGAAUAACUCGUUCAUUUUUUAUUUUAAGUUUAUUAAUUGUUUUUAAUAUACUCAUUUUUGUUCUGUUACGUAAUUCAACAAUAAGACUAAGCGACCAAUACUUUUUUACUUUAUAGCGUCCGAGAGAAAAAGAAAGAUAUACUAGUGGCGAUCUAUCGUAUAAAAAUCUCUAGACUGGAUUAAAUAGUGUAAAAGUAGUGCUGUCCUUUUCACAAUGUUCGCCUUGGAAAAGGAGAGCACUAUUUUUAGACAUGUCAAUUAAGUUUAGGUCCAACUGUCCAACUGUAGCGUUUAAAAGAAUUGGUAACUAAAUUAACUUCCUUCCUAGUCCUUUUCUCUCGCAGGCAAUUAAUUUUGAAAUUGUUGUUUUUUAUAUUGCCUUCCUAGCCUUUGACUUCUGUGCCAUAUUCAUUACUAUAACCCUAAAGCCAUGUCCAUCCACAAUCCACAUACUAUAUGACAUUUGUCCUAUCCGAUCACCGUUUCAAGCUUCCUAUCUCAUCGCCGUUAAUCGGUACCAUAUGAUCGGUGUUUAUAUCGUGUGUGUUUUUCUAUCAAGGAAUUUAAAGUCAAAGUCAAAGUCAAAAAAUAUCUUUAUUCUAGUAGAUAGCAUUUAUGAUGCGUCGGUAAAUAACAUGAAAAAUGUGUACAUGGUAGUGAGAUGAUGGCGAUAAACAUAUUCGUAAAUAUAAAAUAAAGCUGGUUCGAAACGCUUUCUAAGAAAAAGUUCACAAAAAGCCUGCUGGUUGUUCUUGUUUGUUAUCACCAUCUCACAUCAUUUAAAAUAAUUAGAAGCAUGGUAAGAGCUUAAUAAUAGAAUAAUUCACACCCAAGCUUUUUUAUCAGUUACGUAAAUCCUUUAUAUUAUAAUAAGACUCUAUAAGCUUACGUUUAAUACAAACUUUGAACUUUUUAAGAGACGUAAAAAAUAAUAAACAUUACAUAUAUCUUCAUAAACCUGAUACUCUAUACCCAUCUCAAUCUCUCGUAGGAUCUCGUUGCGAAAUUUCGUUGUUUCAUUUUAUUCGUGUUUACCGGUAAUAACCGAUUUGGAGCAGACGAAGUUGCACGGGUCAGCUAGUACAUUAUAAUAUGGACAAGACUUUAUAUUUUCUGUCGUUUUCAUGCGCUACAUAUUCGUAU